AUGAAACCAGCACCCACUCUUGGAGUCAUUCGACUGGACUACGACUACCCUCCAGCAUGUGGAGACAUCGACUGUCCGGAUACCUACGGGUACGAUGUCUAUUACAAAGUAGUCCCCGGACUCACUUUCGAAAUGGCCCAGUCUGGUAAACUGACUCCCGAAGUCAAACAAAGAUUCAUCGAAUCUGUCACUUGGCUUAUCGAGGAGAAAAAAGUGAGUGUCAUAACCGGAGAUUGUGGAUUCAUGGUGUACUUCCAAGAACUGGCACUGAGCAUUGACAAGGAGAAGCCAGUCUGCAUGGUAAUGAGCUCACUGCUCCAGCUUAAAUCCAUCCAAGCUACCCUUUCACCUGACGACGAGAUCAUUGUCAUGACUGCAAAUGGAGUUGCUCUUGGUGGGAUGACUCAAGCUUUCGAGAAGGCCUGCGGGUUCACUUUUGUCGACCCGCGAGUCAAGAUCCUCGGAUGCGAGAACAUCCCAGGAUUCGAAGCAGUCGCUUUGGGUCAGAAGGUCGAUGUCGCCAAGGUGCAACCAGGAAUGGUCGCACUUGUGAACGAAACUCUGAAGAAAAACCCGAAGGUCAAGGCCAUUCUUCUGGAGUGUACCGAGUUGCCGCCAUACGCUAACGCAAUCCGAGAGUGCUCCAAUCUCCCAGUUUGGGAUGUGAUCUCGGCGUGUAACUAUGUCAUCAGUGCGUACCUGAAUGAACCAAGAUACGGAAAGCAGGGUUGGCAGGCUGAUUGGGAUCAAGUCCAGGACGAAUAUGUCUUCGGACAAAAUGUCAAGGCUUCCAACAAAGUGUACCUCGUAAACAAACCAGCAAAGCAGUAA